AUGGAUGCUGAAAUGGAACUAGAAGAAAUUAAUCCGGAGCAGCCGCAAAAGCAGAAGCGUCCACCGGCGGAUCCUCUCCUGAAUCACCCGUAUUUGGAGUUUCCUCCGGAGUCCGACGCUGCUCUCCGUUGCGACAAGCUUCGGAAGAUGCACGUCGGUGCCCAUUUUGCGGUUUCUUGGAAAACCCUCCGGGUAGGGAUGGAAGAAUCGAGUAGCGCGACCCCUGAUGUUGAUGUAACUAAAGAAACAUUGAACGAACCAGUUGAUAGUGUUGAUGAGCAAAACACAGAACAAGAGAACAAUGAAGGUGGUAGUAAAAGAUCAUUCGUGUGGGAUCAUUUUACAUUUGAUAAAGUUUCUCAGAAAGCAAAAUGUUGUUAUUGUUUAAAAUGGAUGGCAGCCGGUUCUAAAACAAAUGGUACGAGUCUCUUGCGGUAUCAUUUGUUGAGAGUAUGCCACAAGUCACCACUUUAUAAGAAGGUUGAUUUAAAACAAUCUAAAUUGAGCUUUAAGCCUAAAAGUUCGGGGGAAGGCAUUGGUAGCUUGGCUUCUCAUUCUUUUAGCCAAGAAAAAUGUAAAAUCUCUCUUGCUCGUAUGUGCAUAAAAGAUAAUCAACCGUUUAGUAUAGUUAAUGAUGAGGGAUUUAGAGAAUUCGUAUGGGAUUUAAAUCCUAUGUUUAAGUUUCCUUCUAGAUGGACAAUAGCUAGGGUUUGCUUGUCGGUGUACCAAGAAGAGAAAAAGAAACUAAAACAAGUUUUAAGAGGUCAGACUGUAUCUCUUACAACCGACACAUGGACAUCCGUUCAAAACUUUAAUUACAUGUGUCUUAGCGCACAUUGGGUUGAUGAAGAUUGGGUUUUGAGGAAGAAAAUUCUAAACUUUUGUCAAAUAGCAAAUCAUAAGGGUGAGACAAUAGGAAAACUUGUUUAUCGUUGCUUACAAGAUUGGGGCAUUGAUAGGGUUUUUACGGUAACCGUUGAUAAUGCUUAA